AUGAUCGAGCCCUCGAAAACACCCCUUUCAAGUAUGCCCGCUCAGUGGAGUAAAGCGUCAAUAUUAUUCAAGGUACGUUCAGUCAUCAGAAGUCUGCUUAGUCGCCUGGCUAAUUCGCUCAAGUACUCGCUGGCAGACGAAGACUGGGAAGCCAAAGCUUGUCAGCAGUUCUUUGACGCGGCCAGUGUACUAAAGUGUUGUGGCACGCCAGAGCUUACCCUGACUGCCUAUGUGAAACUCGGAGUUGUGGAUGGAGCCAGUGGCUCUGGAUCCGUGCAAAUUAAGCUUGCUUUCAACAUGACUCAACUCCAAAAUUUCCUAACACGCCUUGCAUCAGCAAUCAUGAACAAUACCAAAAUGUUUCUUAAACCCCUCCCCGACGGUUCGACCUUGGAGGUUCGAUACAUUAUCCGUAUGUCGAGCAGUUUUCAACUCUCCCUUUUCUGA